AUGCCUGUCAAACGCCCCUUUAUUUCCAAGGAUCCUCUAGGAAAGUCCGUCAGAUCGGCCAGGAAGGUUCUCGGUGGGCGUGUGAAAGGAAAGAUGCAGGAGAAGUUCGAAAGUCCACCACCGGACAGUCCUCCCAUGAGCCCUAUAGUCACUUUGAUUGUAGGUCGGGAGCAUCGUCUUUUCGUGGCCCACGAGCAUCUCUUGUGUCGUUCUCCUUUCUUCACGGCCAUGCUCAGAGAUCAGUUCGUAGAGAAUGCCAUGAAUAUGGCGGUUGUACUACCAGAAGAAGAGCCUGAGAUCUUGUCCUCUGUUCUCGAGUUCUUAUAUAAGGGGGAUUAUUUCCCGCGUCUGCUCCGAAGCAAGGAUGCCAACUGCUGGGAGCUCGAGAUCACCCAGGAUGUACAUAUUCUCGGAGGCAGCGGGUCAAGCAAAGCCACAAUUUUUCACUCCGGGGUCGGUGGUGUUGUCCUCAGGGAUACAGCGGUGUACUGUGCUGCAGAGAAGUAUGGUCUGGACGAUCUCAAGCGCCUUGCACUUCGCAAGCAAGGUCUUCAGAGUGGCAUUCCUGUGGAUGUGAUCCUGCGAUCCGCUCGGUACGCCUACGACAACACACUAGACUCGGAGUAUCGGCUUCGCGCUCAUUAUCUUGCCAUGAUCAUUCGCACCCGGCGGAUCUUCAAGGGUAGUGGAACCAUGCAGUUUGAAAUGGAGACGGGACAUCCGUUCUUUUUCGAUUUGUUUGUUGCUAUGUGCAAUCACAUGGAUGAUCUUGAAGAGAUCAGCUCCUCCAGGAUGAUCUAA